AUGCUACACACGAAGGACAAGGCUGCAUUACAGAUUGCAGUCGUGGAUGCCAAAAGGCUUGAACUAUUGCGGAACAUGUCGAAAGUUUACGAAGAGGAAGAGAAGUCAUCAUGGAAGAUGCUAUCACGGUGCGGCAAAGGUGCGAAGAUCGGGCAACCAUUUCUGGACCCAUACUUCGAGGGGAGGGGCAUUUGGAAGAAAGAUCUGGAAGAAGUGGUUCAAUAA